CGGUUUCAUUUGAGCCCUGGUUGAUCUCUAUCUCUCGAGUCUCUCUAGAGAAGCGCAACAAUGGCGUUGAGACUGACAUCACUAAAACGCGCCGCCGUUGAGUCAUGCCGCAUCUUCCAAACCCGGAGUUUGAGCCACGUCGCCGCAAUGCCUACGCCUUUGAACAGCGCCAUCGAUCGAACCAUUUCUAUGCCGCCGCUGAUUUCACCCGAGUUCGAUCAGAAUCAGAACCAACCGGGUUCGAUCGACGAGAAGAGCUUCGGAUUUGGCCUUCCUGAUUUCGGCUUCGGUGGAUCCAUUGAGCUAAUGGCUGUCCCCAAGAAGAAGGUUUCUAAACACAAGAGAGGGAUACGAAAUGGGCCUAAGGCUCUUAAGCCUGUUCCUGUCAUCAUCCGUUGCAGGAGUUGCGGGAGAGUUAAGCUGCCACAUUUCUUCUGUUGCAGCGGUGAGCGGGGAAACCCUACUGAGCAAGGCAAUUAGAGAAACUAUUCAAGAUUUCCUUUAUGAUUGUUACUUGUUGGAUAAUCUAGAAGAAGAAAGCCUCGACUUUGUUGACUCUGUUUUGAUCAAAUUGUUUGGGUUUUUUUCCUGCAUGAUCAAUAUGCUCAUGCUUCUUUUUGACAAAUUAUAUUAUUGUCAUUGCUUAUUGCAAAGUCCCAUUUAUAAUAUAUAUGUUCGCGUAGA